CAGCUGAGCUGAAGACUAUCAGAAUAGUUCCAGGCAAAAGUAAUGUGUAUCGGUCACGCUGGGUGGUCUUCCUUGUCAGCGAGAUGACGCGACGCAUUGGACGCACAGAGUGUACCUGGACAGGUAGUUAGGAGCGCGUGCUAAAAUCCUCGGGACAAGGACCAUUGCUGUAAAUUAAUAAGGGCCCGGGAUGCCCAAGGAACCGAGGGGGGAUGCUCAAGGGUGCGUAGGGGAGAGAGAACGCACCUCCCGUCCAGCCAGUAAAAAUGCUAAGGAUAAAAGCAACAGCGCCACACUUUUGGCCUCGAAAGCAAGAGCACACGCUGAACAGGAAACUAAUGGCCGUGAUUCCCGCUGCUCUGAGAAAGACUCAGGCUACUCAGACACUGGCUCAGACUCCUUGCAGACAGAUGCAGAUGACCAGCAGAGAAGUGUGAAUGAGCCUCAGGGCCACAAGGGUUUGGGUGGGGCAGAGAAAUGCCCCCUACAGGGAAGCCACCUCCUGGUGUCCGGGACCUCUGAACUCACUCCCAUAUUCAUUAUUAAGAACGUGGUGUUGAAGCAGCCCGGGCAGUCUGGUCAGAAGCACAUCCUUCCACCAUCUCUGUCAUGGGGUGGAGGUGCUUCAAGCAAUCAGGGUUCCACCCACGUUCUUUUGCUGCAACAGCCUGGGAUCAAUCAGAGUGCCCCAUUGCACAUCGUCAAACCACAGCCGCAGAGAACCGAGAGCAAGGGUGUAAAGAAGAUCAAAAACACUUACCUCCCAAUUCUUAACUCAUAUCCUCGAAUCGCACCACACCCAUGUAAGAAAAACCCAGAGAAGCCUUCAGUCAGCAGGGGAGGUAACACAGAGGAUCACAUCCUAAGUAAGAGAGUAUGUACGGAGGAGAAGCGAGAUGAGGUGUCCACCACCACGGAAGCACCCAAGCAGCAUCCGCAAAAACAUCCAGAGAACAACAUGAUGUUUCAUUCGCAUUCCCUCUCACGAUCGCUGUCCACGGGCUGUGAGACUCUUCUGUCUUCUCACCAACACCGGAGCCCGUGCCAUUCAUCUAGUCCCUCCCCCUCCCUCAGUGUGAGCUCACCAUCGGUCUCAAGCACUCAGACUCUUUCGCCGCCCUCUUCCAAUGACCUGAAUCCACCUCUUACCCAGGCCAGAAAAGAGUCACAUAAGCAUCGCCAAGGAACGGAUGCCAACUCUGGAAAAGGAUCAAGCACCCUCAAAGGAACAGCACGGCAUCGACGCUUCCUUAACACAGUGGAGAUCCUGAGCCAGUCAGGACUGCUCGACAUCACCUUGAGGACACAGGAUCUGCUGCGGCUAAAUGCCUCCACAGAGCGAGACAUAGCCCAGCUCCGCCAACAUGUCCAGCUACUUUGCCAGGCUGCCCAAGCGGGAGCUGAUUCGUCUGUGGCCUGGGAGAAGCUCCAUCAGGUCAUGGCUGAGUCUGGGCACUAUCCCAGCCUCAAGUGCCUACCUAAAGACAGCAAUGAUGGAGGGGAUCAGUCUCAAUCAAAGGUUGAGGUAGAGGUAGCCACCAGCACCAAGCCUGAUACUCCUGUCAUAUAUGGAUAUGGAAUUAAUGGGACUGAAGUGGUGGCACCCCCAUCUCCUAUCCUAGCUCCAUUGACUGAUGCAGAAUGGCUGUCGACAGGUCAGCAUUAUGAUAGCACCGGUAUUCCUGAGCAAGGUAGAGCUCACAGAGGAAUAGCCAGUUCAGUGGAAGAGCAUAUAAUGCCUCCAGACAGCUCAACACAUGGAAACCUGCUUUAGGUUAAAGAAAGUUGCUGAGCACUUGGCUUUCACAGGGAAACAGCAAUAGAGACUCACAAUACUAGCUUUAAAGCUUCAGAGGUUUUAUGUCAUUGGGCCAUUGCUACAGUUUCAUAAUGUCCAUGGUAACUCAGGGCUAUGCUCAAGGAUGGCGGCUCGACUGCGCUGUGUGCCAUCUUCCUGUCGAUCAUGUUACUACUCCUUUGCAUCAGCAAUCACUCAAAGUGGCUGAUGAGAUAUAUGCAGAAUUGAGCGCACAUGCUAGAGACUGCCACUUGUUUUGUAACCCUUCUGAAAAGACUCACUUAACCAGCAUGCAUUUCCCAAUGGAAAGCUGGUCUAGGGCCCCAUUUACACCAGGUAUGAAGAUUUGUUUUGUGCAAUCCUUUUGAAAUGGGACAACACUAAAGAAAGGUGUAAACCUGAUCCAAAACAUUUUGAGAUUUGUCCACUUUGUGGUUGAAUGUUUGAAUGUGGUUGAAAAUGAAUGUGCCGGUUACAUGGGCUUUGAAAGAAAAAAAUUUAAAUUGCAUACAUAUACCUGCACAAGAACUUCACGGAACUUCUUCCGUAUGCUUGAUAUCAGCAUGCAGUGACACAGAUGAGAAGCACACACAUCUGAAGCUCAGUUAAUACAGGUGCUCUGUGAAAAUAACAUAAUUUUUAUCUACAAAUUUGUGCUUUAUAUUAAUUGCAAGUUUAAGUGAAAGAAAUGGUGCUGAAAUAGUUUCGCACUUUUUUUGUCUGUUGUUCUUUUACGCUUUCGCACUUAAAGUCCCCGAUGUACAUUCAUGGAUGCUCUUCUUCUUUCAGGGGUAAAAAGAAGUUAAAAACAGCUGAUUAAUGGUAUACUGUUUGCAAACAUUCAGACUCCCGCCACACCACUGUUGGAGGUGUUUAGAAGUACAGUACAUUUAAAUAUGAGGAUGCUCAGUUAAACCUUAACUAAUGAUACAUUAAAAUGUGUUAUGAAUGACUUAAUGCCUCAUUCUAUGACUAGAAUUCACAUGAGAUCAGUAAAAGAUGCUUUUUUUUAACCACUCGAUGAUGAUUUAAAGUAAUAUAUAUGCAGUAGAAAAUGUGCAAUUUGUCUUGUUUACAUUCUGAAUUCAUGAUGCUAAUGCGCUAACACACUAUACCAUUAUAUGCACUGAUUACUCUCUGUUAUUGUAAUGUAUGAUGACACUGAUACAACUGCAAAGAUUGGUGUAUAAAAGAGUGUUAUUGGGAAGAAGAUAGCAAAAGAAUGAAGAUAUGCAUACCUUACUAUGGGCAGAUGUGUAAAUGGCCUUCACUGCAGAUGGCAGAUGAGUGAAGCAGCAUAUAAAACAAAAGAGUGAAUGGGCACUAAGAUUAGUAGUAGAUUAAACUAACAAAAACAAAAAAUGCACGAUGCAAACAAUCGUACAGAUGUAGGUAAAUUUGCAUCAGCUCGCUAAUAACUGCACACCGGUGUGUUCACUGGUCUUAACUGACUAAAUGAGAAUUAUCUGCCGGCCUCAAUGUAGGUGGAGCUCCAGGUCACACCUACCAAUAACGUGCACCAAUGGCAGUAAGAAGGUGUUUAGCAGCCGGUAAGAAGGUUCCGUAAAAUUCACCCAGAAGAACUGUAACGAUCCAUGAAAAUAUUCUCCAAAACUUAAUUUAGGACCAAAUCUGUCCAAAGAGGUUUAACACCCAUUUGUUCUUCAGUUUUGUAUACCAGGGCCUCAAUUAUGAUGCAGUAAUACACUGACAUAAUGAUUGAUGUAUGUCGUCAUGGAAUCAGAGACACUCCCCCGGAAAUUCGAACACAAAUGGUCAGUAGAGACGCAUAUUACCUAGUGUAAACGUUAUUGUUUCCCACGUGAUGACGUGUGAUCUGAUCACCCAAAAUGCAGUACCAGCUUUAAACAGGCCCUCGGUUGGUUUAUGCUGUUCAGUGCUGGUUUGGUGUUUGUCUUGCUGGUGGGCCAGCAUAGCAUAGCCAUCAAACCUAGAAAUAUCUUUAGCUCCUAGACGACCAUUUUGCAAAUGUAUUAUUGAAUGCCACUCUUUGUGCAUAGUUGAACAGUGAGGAAUCACACAUGACAAUCUGCUUCCUGCUUUAUGUUGCUUUAUAUCACAGACAAAUGAGAAAUUUGAUAUUGCUGUCAUAGUUCAUUCUUUUUUUAAGAAAUUGCUCACGUUUGAUUGGAAACUUUGUCACCUUUUGCAAUGUUCCUUGCUAUGCUGUAUUAGUGAUGAAAUGGCAUUUGUGACGCCAUCAUACUUUAAGAGCAACAGGUUGCUGGAUGGAGUUCUCAAGUAAAAUAAGGACAUUCGAAAGGCCAAACUGGACCUGUACACGCAUGACAAGAAACUACAACAGAAAUAAGAACUCCGUUUGGACUUAACGUGAGUAUCUUGGCUGGCAUUGUUAAGAUCCACGAAGCUUGUGUUGUUCUAUGCAGUAUGAAGUUUAUAAAUCACUUCAUAAAUUCUUCAUCUUUGGCAAUGGAUCAGGACAGAUAUUACUCAAGCCUUCUGAAUUGGGUUCCCUUUGAGGUGAAGGGUCAAAUUUGAGUCUUUAUGUGAGCUGUACUUCCCUUUUUUCUUUGACCACAGAUCACAACAUCACGUUUUUGUGAGAUGUUAUAUUUGUGUUAAUGGUGUUUUGUGCCAGCCUUAAUGUAUUCUGCAACAUCUUAACAUUUCUUUCCCAAUUCUAUAUUAUUGCACCAAGCCUUUUGGUAUAUUUAAAUACUUUAGGCACGGCACUAAUAUACUGUAUUUUUGUUGUUGUUUUUAAAGUAUAUUUUUGUUUCUUUUCUUUGCUGUAAAUGAAUGCAGAGUCACUGAUCUGUGUCUAAACAAGCUUUUAUGCCUACACCAAAUCUGCACCCACAGAAAGUUCAGCCUAAUUCAAAUGCAUGUCAUUUACAAAGUUUUACUCAUCUUUUGCCCCUUGUGAUUUCAUUUAUGGCAAAUUGUAUUAUGCUUUCAUCUACUGAUAAGAGUAUAGUCCUCCCCCCCCCCAUGCAGCGCCAGGGAUUAUAAAAGUCAGCAGAUUCCUUCUUGGCUGGAUUGUUUUGUAACCUUUGAGUUCUUAGUUAUGUUUAAUUUUCCUUUUCUAGAUAUUGAUUGUUUGUUCUACUCCAAAUAAAUGACAGUAGAGAUGUGUGUGUUAGAAAUUGUGUGUUCAGGUAAAUAGGGUUUACGAGGACUGUUCACUAGCACUAUUCUCAAUUAUACACAUGAAAUUAUGCUAUAAACGUGGUUUAAACCAAAAGGCUUAAAAACAUACUAAACAAUGUUUUUUUCAAAAUGUAAAAUGCAGAACAUUUUCUGUGAGGGUUAAUUUAGGCAAUAGAAUCUAUUGUUUCAACGGAGAGUCCUCGUUAACCACAAAUACCAGUGUGUGUGUGUGUGUGUGUGUGUGUGUGUGUGUGUGUGUGUGUGUGUGUGUGUGUGUGUGUGUGUGUGUGUGUGUGUGUGUGUGUGUGUGUGUGUGUGUGUGUGUGUGUG